ACGGAUGCUGCGAUUAUACAUGAAGUGCUGACGAAUGUCUGUACGGGGAAGACUAAACCGGGGGUGGGCGAUUUAGGAAGAGUGGGAGAGAUCGUAGACGGGUGUCUGGUCACGAGAGCACGAGAUAGGAAGAGUGCGACAGAAGUGGUCAGGAUGCUCGAAGAGUUCAAGCAGUGAUUUAUUGCUUAAUGAGAACAUCUUGCUAGCAUGGACGAUGCUCGUCAAUUUGGUAACUCCAACUUGGCGCGAUCAGCGUAACUUCAUUUAGCCUCGACUUCAACUUAACGGUAAGGUUGGAUACAGUGUGAAUAGCGAACUGAUAAGGAAUCUGAACUUGAAGUUGGUAUUAAAAAAAAGCUACACUUUUGCCGGUCCAGCAAUUGUCGUUUGUACAGACUGGCGCUGGACUGGCGGUCUUUUACACAAACCCUAAUCUAGGGUCACCUUUCUUUGUUCACCGACAUCCACCACCGUUCGUAGCUGUUCGUGAAACUGCUAGAAUGGCAUUUGCUUCAAACACGUCAGCGUUUGGGUCCAGCGCGUUCGGAAAACCUGCAAGUGGCUCCUCAAUCUUUGGAACGCCCAGCACAACGACGAAUACAAAUGCUUUCAGCGCAUUCGGGCAGAGCAACCAGCAACAGCAGCAGCAGCAGCAACCAGCAACCAGUUCUGUGUUUGGCCAGCCCUCACAACCUACAACAUCUCUGUUCGGACAACCAUCUCAGCAACAGCCAGCCGCGUCGACGUCACUUUUUGGCCAACCAUCGCAACCGCAGGCUACGACAACCACAAAUCCACUAUUCGGCCAGCCUGCUCAGCAGCAGCAGCCACAGCAGCAGACCACCACUUCUCCGUUCGGUCAACAGAACCAAAAUCAAACUGGUACAUCAUUAUUCGGCCAACCUGCCAAGACCGGGACUACCUCUCUGUUUGGCCAGCCGUCGCAGCCCGCUACAGGCACUACGUCGCUAUUUGGUCAACCGUCACAAUCCACAACGACCACAGGCACCACGUCAUUGUUCGGUCAGCCGUCGCAGCAGCAAGCACCUGCCACCAACAUAUUUGGGCAGUCCACGGGUCAGCAGAACCAGACCCAAGGGUCAUCGCUAUUUGGUGGUAGCACCAGUUCUGCAUUUGGUACGAGCGCGUUUGGGGGCAACAAUCAAGCGCAACAGCAACAGCAGCAGCAACCGGCUGGUGGUCUUUUUGGCAAUACUUCGACGAACGCUCUUCAGAGUCAACCGACCGUGACCUCUUUUGGUGGUGGAGGGUCAUUAUUUGGGAGGCCACAACAAACCUCCUUUGGUUCGACCGUUGGCACCCAAGCACCAGCCCAAGCCUCUGGCCCACCAUUAUUCACAAAAACCACCAAAUUCAAUGAUUUACCAGAUGAGAUCAAACGUACAUUUGAGCAAAUCGAAUCCCACAUCCAAGGUCGCAUACAAAUUAGUAAAGAUCUUCAGCAGCGGCAUCUUGGUGAGGAACCUUCGAAGGGCCAGGAGCUUAUUCGCGGAGUACAUAAAGAUCUUGUGAAUACCGUCUCAACGAUACGUUCCGACCUGCAUUAUACCAAGGAUUUGAAGGCAAAAGCCGAGCAAGCAGUGGAGGACACGAUUAUAUCAAUGCGCAUCAUAGAUGGUUUCAGGAAUCCACAAGCCAACGGCGCUUAUUUGAAAGAUCACGCUUCAUUCCCCUUUGAGUUCUUCAAUCGACUGUCGAAGCAAAUGUCCGAAAGGCUUGCUUGGUGUAAGAACACAAUAGAGCAAAUUGAACGCAAACUGUCGUCGAUGGCUCAUCAGUCACAGUAUACCCCUCACGGUAUAUCAGCCACGCUUCAAGUGCAGCAUGCCACUUUCCUAGCACUGGCCAGUAAAACGGCUGUCCUGGAUGCCGAACUACAGAAGAUUAAGGUUUUGUACACCCAACUUUGGCGCUCUCGAACGGGUAGCGUAAGAGAUCCUUUCAACGAGUUAGACAUGGACAAAAAUAUUGCGAAAGGGUCUGAUUUAGGUCUGAGUGGUCUCAGCGUCCGAUAACAUACCAUGUUUACUCGUAGAUUUUCAACGACUUGAUUCCUUCUUCUUGCGUUAUACUUCCUCUGCACUGUCGUCAAAAAUCUCUAAAUGAAUGCAAUUACUGGAGUCCGUAUAAUUAUCCGAAUAAAUAAAUAACGGAGCGGAAAACACGGCACUGCGACAAAAAAAUUUACGCAAGGGUUCGUAAUACUUUGCCAGUUUGUUCUAGAACCUGCAAAC